AUGGAUGAAUUCCAGGAUCAGUUUGCGGAAUUACAAAAAGAGAUAAAAGCUCUUCGUGGGAAAGAACUGUUUGGCAGAGAUGUAAAUGAUAUGUGUUUGGUUCCAGACGUAAGGGUGCCAGCAAAAUUUAAACUACCAGAAUUUGAAAAGUACAAAGGAAGUUCUUGUCCACACACCCAUUUGGUUAUGUACGUGCGAAAGAUGUCAAUGUACAACAACCAAAAAGGAUGCUCAUUCAUUGUUUUCAAGACAGCCUUACCGGUGCAGCUUUACGCUGACCGAGAUCAGUUGAGGUCCAUGCAACAAAGAGAGAAGGAGACAUUCCGUGAAUACGCGCAAAGGUGGCGCGAAAUUGCAGCACAGGUUGUUCCACCUAUGGAAGAAAAGGAGAUGACGAAAGUGUUCUUAAAGACUCUUGAUACUUUUUAUUACGAGAGGAUGAUUGCAAGCGCUCCUACAGACUUUACUGACAUGGUAAACAUGGGAGUCCGUUUAGAGGAAGCAGUUCGAGAAGGGCGUCUAGUUAGAGAAGGAAGUUCAUCUUCAAGCGGGGCAAAGAGGUACGGCGGUUUUAUGAAAAAAGAAGGAACAAGAAACUAA